AUGGAUGGUUUUCCAGGAAACUGCUGUUUCAUCAAUGUGUAUGGUCCUAGUGUGGAUGCAGAUAAGGAGAUGUUCUUCAGGGAGUUACUAGCAUUUGUGGAGAACGAGAAAGAAGGAGGAGCUGUGAAUUCGGUUUCUAUGAAUAUGUUUAGAGAUUUUGUGAGCAAGGCAAAUUUGUUUGACCUACCAAUGUCUGGAGGCCGUUUUACAUGGUGCAAUAAUAGGGAAGUUCCUACGUUUGAGAGGUUGGAUCGCUUUUUAGUUGAUCAGAGAUUAGUAAUUUUGUUUUCGAGGAUAAGCCAAUCAUUGCAGCCAAGGUCAGUUUCCGAUCAUAAUAUUAUUCUGUUGGAGAACAAAGAAUGCAAUUGGGGGUUGAAACCGUUUAGGUUGUUUAACUAUGUUAUGGAGGAGGAUGGUUUUACUGAGAUGAUGGAAAAGGAGCUGGAUAAAUUUUGUAAAGAGGAAAAGGGGAAGCCCAUGUCUAAGGUGUUAAAGCGGGUAAAGGAUGUGGUAAAGAGGUGGUCUGGGAGGGGUUAUUUAGAGCUGCCCGGGAAAAUUAAAUUGUUGGAGAAAGGAAUUCAGGACAUGGAAUUGGAUAUGCAACAAGGCCUUCCCUCGGUGACAAUGAAAUCAAUAAUUGAAGCAACGAAAGAAUUAUGGGAGCUUUAUAAGAAAGAAGAAUCGAUUUGGCUGCAAAAAUCGAGAUUGAAAUGGAGAAUUGAGGGAGAUAAGAACACCAGAUUUUUCCAUCAUAGUGCUAUAGUUAGAGGGAGGAAAAAUGGUAUUAAGUCCCUUAGAAUGGGUAAUGAAGUUAUAGAAAAUCCUACCUUAAUUAGAGAUUUAGUAGUGGAGUUUUUUAAUGGUUUGUUUACUCAAAGUAAUUCAUUGGAGGCUGAGGAAUUAAAUCUGGAAUUUCUAAAGCUAUCGAAAGGUCAGAGUUUAGCACUUGAGAAGCCAUUUUCGGAAGAGGAGGUCUGGGGAGAAAUUGCUAACUCGGAUAUUAACAAAGCUCCUAGCUCGGAUGGUCUGAAUUUAGGUUUUUCAAGAAAUUCUGGACCACUUUGA